AAUUAGCAAACAUUUACCUUAAACCCAGUAUAAGUGUGACAGAAUUUGCAAUUAAACGUAUAUUAUUUGACGCAAAUCAAGGAUUGUCUUUUCUCAGUCCACAACGUAAGAAGCUACACUUGAAAGAGCAUAAUUCGCGUCAGAGGAGGAAAAACGUGGCUGUUUAAUGAGCGCGAGCAAGUACACGACUAGUAGCUCGCUAACGUUAGAUAGCUGGAGAACGAAGGACUAGGUAGCGUAGUUGUCAGCAAAAAUCCAUCUGGCACAUACUAGGUUAGCUGGCUAGAAAGUUUAUUCUACAAAUAUUCAGGUAUCAUCUGGCCGCUUUCUGCUUUUGUUGAGGUGUGGACUUGUUUGACAGAAUGGACAAAGAUGAGCUGGUGGAGUACUUCAGGACACAAAUGAGACAGGACCCUGAGGUACCCUCUGCUGUAGCAGCAAUCCACACUCUCCUGGAAUUCCUCAAAAGAAACCAAAGUGAGACCAUCCUGGGCCUGAGAGAGAAUCUGACCCAGACCAUUGGGUGUCUGGAGGAGGCGGACUCCUCUGUAGCUGUCUCGUCUGGUGGCGAACUGUUCCUCCGCUUCAUCAGCCUCACAUCACUGGAGCACCCUGAUCUCUCUCAAUGCAAGAAAGUUAUGGUAGAGAGAGGAGAGCUCUUUCUAAAGAAAAUAUCCCUUUCCAGGAGUAAAGUAGCAAAACUGUGCCACAUCUUUAUCAAGGAUGGAGCUAAAAUAUUGACACACUCCUCCUCCCGGGUGGUUCUUAGGGUACUGGCGAGUGCAGCAGCCGACAAGAAACGCUUCAUUGUCUACGUCACUGAGUCACAACCAGACUCUGCAGGACAAAAAAUGGCAGACAAAUUACGCAACCUAAACAUUCCGGUCACAGUGGUUCUUGAUGCUGCAGUGGGGUAUAUCAUGGAAAAGGUGGAUCUGGUGAUUGUGGGUGCAGAGGGAGUGGUGGAAAGUGGUGGCAUUAUCAACAAGAUUGGCACCUAUCAACUGGCUGUGUGUUCCAAGGCUCACAACAAGCCUUUCUACGUUGUGGCAGAAAGCUUCAAAUUUGUCAGACUCUACCCUCUAAACCACCAAGAUGUCCCAGACCGAUUUAAGUAUAAAGCAGACACUCUGAAGGCAGUGGAAGAUUUAGCACAAGAACACCCCAUGAUUGACUACACACCGCCAUCGCUUAUUACACUUCUCUUCACAGACCUGGGGGUUCUCACUCCUUCCGCAGUCAGUGACGAACUUAUUAAGCUGUACUUGUAAACCACCACUAGAAUACAAUAAACACCAUCAAAUGGAUUCAUUUAAUUCA